AUGAGCGGAAGAGGUAGAGGAUUCAGCCCUAGAGGCGGCGGAGGUAGAGGUGGUCGAGGAGGACGAGGUGGCCGAGGAGGAGGCCGUGGGGGAAGAGGAGGCUUCGGUGGUGGCUUCGGCGGCGGAAGAGGCGGAGGCCGGGGAGGCGGAAGAGGAGGAGGACGUGGAGGUGGAAGAGGAGGAGGACGCGGAGGUGGAAGAGGUAGAGGUGGUGGAAGGGGAGGCAUGAAGGGCGGUUCCAAAGUGGUUGUAGAGCCCCAUCGGCACGAGGGGAUCUUUGUUGCCCGUGGUAAGGAGGAUGCUCUGGUCACUCUGAAUUCCACUCCUGGAGUUGCCGUUUACGGCGAGAAGCGCAUCAGUGUUGAGGUGCCCCCGGUUCCUGGCAGUGAAAGUAGCACACCCACCAAGGUGGAAUAUCGAGUGUGGAAUCCUUUCCGAUCAAAAUUGGCUGCUGCUGUCCUUGGUGGAAUGGAUAAUAUCUGGAUUGCUCCAGGAAUGAAAGUUUUAUAUCUGGGAGCAGCUGCUGGUACCACGGUGUCCCAUGUGAGUGACAUUGUAGGUCCCAAAGGAGCCGUCUAUGCAGUGGAGUUCUCGCAUCGACCAGGUCGUGAUCUUUUGGGAGUAGCCAAGUUGCGGACAAAUAUCAUUCCCAUUGUAGAAGAUGCACGCCACCCUUUGAAGUAUCGCAUGCUGAUUGGAAUGGUGGAUGUGGUGUUUGCAGAUAUUGCACAACCAGAUCAAGCCCGUAUUGUGGCGCUGAACAGUCAUUAUUUCUUGAAGAAUGGAGGUCAUGCGGUUGUGGCUAUUAAGGCUAGUUGUAUUGACAGUACAGCAGCACCAGAGGCUGUGUUCCGAAGAGAAGUGAGCAAACUGCAAUCUGAACAAUUCAAGCCACUGGAGCAACUUACUCUGGAGCCCUAUGAGCGCGAUCAUGCUGUGGUGAUAGGCGAAUACAGACCCAGCAAGAAGAAAAAGAGCAAGGAUUGA